CUUCACAGUUGUUCAGGGGGAGAAGUUGUGCGAGACUGGUUUUGGUCGGGUUGAAGCGUUCGCUAAUGAUUUGCUGUAGUUGGGUUGCAAGCGUCUUCCUGAUCCCCACUUUCACAGAUACCGUACGUCUUUAAAAUACACCUUUCGCUGAUCUCAUCAUUUCCAGAUGCUAACGGUCGUCACCUUCGCUCGAGUGUUUUACCUUACCCCCAAACCCAGGUCCUCUGUCAUAUCGCGCUUUCUGAAAGAAGGCUUUCUGUUCUUCCUUAUAGUAUUCGUUGGAAAUUGCGCUAAUGGUAUACUAUAUCUCCAGUCGAACAGGGAUAUAUCCACGAUUUUCAGCGGAUUCGCGAUAAUUUCCGGAAACGUCUCUGGAAACCAUCUGCUUCUGGCAGCUCGCCGCGAUGGUUCAGUGGACCCGGGGAGCUCUGAAUCUCCUCGUAGUGUCAGUAUCAGCCGUGGUCAUAAUGCGUUGUCCGGACAUGGGGACCUCGUUCAUACGACAGUGGACAUCGAAUUAAAUGACUUGUCGCCAAGCAAGAUCUCAGGAGACAUUCCCGUCAAGCGCGGUGACGAUCAUGAGCUAUGUAGGUGAUACCAUGACUUGUGAAGCCACUAACUUGUUAAAGUCUUUUUA